AUGGGCGAUAUCGAAGUAGGGAUACAUCCGAAGGCGCUGCACCCGGCUGGCUGCGCCAAGCAAAAUUUCCUGGUCCAGCCUGAAGUUAUCCACAAACAGCAUCCUUUCUGUUAUUCGCUCAAUCUUCGACUCGAUUCACUGAAUAAACCAAUAAUAAUACUACUGCUGCUGCACCGGUUCGACACGUCACUGUUCGCCUGGAACAUUGAAUUAGCUCCCCAGGUCGUAACAACACAUGCUUUUGUUCACUGUUGCAGCGCCAGACGAACGCCCGGCAAAAUGAAUCGUUACGUCACCGAAUGCAUAGCUACACGUCUGGAAGAAUGGCUUCACGAUACUACAUGGUUCGUUGCGGGACCAAAGUCGUCUGUAACAACUAUUACAGAGCAGUUUUCGAAUCAUUCUACAAAUGCACUUGCAUUUGUUCAUUGUCGUGAAUGGAACUCCUUUUUAAAGGUAUGA